GGCCAGCGCGGUGCCUGCGCUUAAACGCCCCCUCUCCCCUUCAGCGGGAAGACACGUGCGCGCCUUCGCCUUGUUCGUGUGAAUCGUCAUAUUUCCUUGGUGAGACACGCGUCGGGGCGGAAGGUGGUCCAGGCGCUGCGGGGUCUGAUCCAUCCGGUAAUGCUCACGUGAAUUCAGAAGAAGAAAAAAAGAGAGAGAAGGCAGGAGGCCUCCGGCCAGAAACUCUUCCUUGCUCCCAGCCGCCAUGGAGACGGAGGACGGCUUGCUGAUCAAUGCGCACUCCUCGGUGCCUCCCGGACCGUCCCAGCAUCCGAAAGGAUGGAAGACCCGUUCUAAGCCACAACGACGUGGCGAGGAGAAAAAGACUGUGAAAAGAAAACUGGAGCAGCCACAGGAAGUGGUCCCUCUAAAGCGGAAGUCAGUUUCACCUUCACCCCAAACCAAGCAACUACCAAAGAAGCCGAAAAGUGGCCUCAAGAUAUCUGGGCAACCAACGCCUCCUUCGAAGAAGCCUUUGACUGACGCGAACGGUGGGAGCAGGCCUUUUGUUAAGACUUCUUCUCUCUUCAAAAACAACCCUGAGAUACCAGACAUUCAGAGAACGUCGGUGAAACAGGUGCAGGAGAAAAUUUUUACUUCCGAUUCCUUUGACCAGCUAAAGCUUCACCCUCAUCUAGUUUCGACAAUAACCUCGGUUUUGAAGAUCUCUAACAUGACCAGUGUUCAGAAGCAGACGAUUCCUGUGCUCCUGGAGGGCAGAGAUGCUUUGGUGAGAUCACAGACGGGUUCCGGUAAAACGCUUGCCUACGGCGUCCCUCUCGUACAAUCUUUGCAACGAGCAGAGCCCAAAAUACAGCGCAGCGAUGGGCCCUACGCUCUAGUCUUGGUUCCAACCCGAGAGCUGGCCCUCCAGAGUUUUGAAACGAUCCAGAAACUGUUAAAGCCGUUCGCCUGGAUCGUGCCCGGUGUCCUGAUGGGAGGAGAAAAAAAGAAGUCUGAAAAAUCCAGAAUACGUAAAGGGAUAAACAUCUUGAUUGCCACUCCGGGCCGCCUGGUGGACCAUAUAAACUCCACGAAAUGCCUUCAUUUCCAUCGAGUCCGGUGGCUGAUCCUGGAUGAGGCCGACAGAAUCCUGGAUCUGGGUUUUGAGAAGGCCGUCACGGCCAUCUUGAACGCUGUAAACGCAGGCGGUGAGAAGCGUCAAAAUGUUCUUUUAUCAGCCACGCUUACGGAAGGAGUUUCGAGGUUAGCAGACAUCAGCCUGCAGAAUCCGGUCAGCAUUUCCAUGGCGGGGGAAUCGCAAGGCUCGGACGGCGCCCACCUGCGAGUGACUGCUCGGGAGGGAGAUGUCGGUCCCCCUACAGGUGUGGAAGGGGAGGGUUUUGCUGUGCCAGAAGAGCUACAACAGAACGUGGUGGUCGUCCCGAGCAAGCUGAGGUUGGUGACGCUGGCGGCUUUCGUCCUGGGGAAAUUUAAGUUCGAGAAACGCAACAAGAUGGUGGUCUUUUUCUCCAGUUGCGAACAGGUGGACUUCCACCACGCGCUCUUCCGAAAAGUCUUGGAUGGGGACCCCGAACCGGGAGGCCCAAAGCAGUCACAGCCUCUCUCUUCCCCGUUAGCCCUCCUGCGCCUGCAUGGUGACAUGAAGCAGGAGGAGAGGACGUCCGUCUUCCAGGAUUUCCUCCGAUCGAAGGAGGGCGUCUUAUUCUGCACAGACGUUGCUGCUCGUGGACUAGACCUGCCGAGAGUCACCUGGAUUGUCCAGUAUAAUCCUCCGGCUUCGCUCGCCGAAUACGUCCACCGAAUUGGGAGGACAGCUCGAAUUGGCAGUCGCGGGAACAGCUUGCUCGUGCUCACACCUUCAGAGGCGGAAUAUGUCACCUUCCUGGCUUCUCACAAGAUUAACAGUGUUUUGGAGAUGAAGAUGGAGUCUGUCCUGUCCAGCUUGAUGAAAGAUGAUCGUUUUGUGGGCAGCCACUGGAGAAAUAAGAACGCCCACAGCGCAGACCCGCAGGAAGCGCAUCGGAGAGCCACCGUUCUGCAGACCGAAUUCGAGAAUUAUGUCCAUUCUUCCCCCGAAAUGGUCCAGUGGGCGAAAAAAGCUCUCCAGUCCUUCAUCCGGUCAUAUGCAACGUACCCUGCCAGCCUGAAGCACAUCUUCCACAUCCGGUCUCUCCACCUGGGUCAUGUGGCAAAGAGCUUCGGGCUCCGGGACGCCCCUCGGAAUCUCAGGGACUCGACCAUCCCGGAUCGGAGGAAGAAGCAGAAAAGGCAUGACGUUCUCAAGAAGCCCCAUGGAAAGGGCCGCCUGGCCAAAAUGUUGCAGUCUGAAUAUUCCAGCGGCUUGGAUCGUGCCCCUUCCAAGGUCAAGUGGAAGAAAAAGGUGGCAAAAGACAGAAUCCAGGGCACCCCAAGCUGACCUCCGAAUGCUGUGGGUAGGAACAGAGAUCCAUCUUCUUGCGAUCUGAAGAUGCAAUUAAAAAACUGUGUUUUUUUCCCCCCUCCUUCCCUUCCGAACUUCAAAAAUUUGGAAUAAACUGCUACGAAUGAAGGGGAUUCUGGGGAUAAAGAGCUCAACCUCAAAUAUCGUUCUUUGUGAAUUAGACAGCGGCGACGGAACGUGGGCUCGGCUGUCCAGUGUGGUGGCCUUGGAGAAGAAAUCGCUGUUGAGUUGAGUGGGGGAAACCCGUAACCCCGUAAAUAAAAGAUCGAGAGAGGAUUCAUUUGAAUAUUUGCAUCUUUUAGAGGUUUUUCCUGCUUCGGGGUGCAACGGUUUCUUCUGUUCCUUUGGUGGACGGUGGCCAAGCAACUUCUUUGCUGGACGAUGGCCAAGCACCGUUUGCCAAGCAACGUCAUGAUCCAAACUAGGCAUGGUGAAGUCUGUAAAGCUACUUUUGGACUGAAUUGGUCGUCACGGGGUAAGACAGUGGCUCCCCAUCUUGGGGGAUACCUGUGGGUUCUUGGGACUGCAACUCCCAGAAUCCCCAGCCCGCCCAUGUUGUGGUGAAGGCUUCUGGGAGUUGCAGUUCAGGAUUUCGGCCAUAGAGUCGCACACCGGUGUGUGUUCGGUUGCAGAGUCGUAGAACUGGAAAAGCCCUUUUUCUGUCCAGUUUUGUUGGCCGUCCUUUAAGAGGCAUCUGGUUUUAUUAUCUUAGAACGGCAGAGCUGGAAAGGGAUCCUAUAAGAUCAUCCAGUCCAGCCCCUGACAUGGAGGCCCUGUGGGGGAAUCAAACCCCCAAAUUUGGGCUCCAUAGCCAGAGACCUCAUUUAUCUGUCAAUCAAUCUGCAUAUGUUUCGAUCUAUAGAUACAGAGAGAAUAACAGCAGUGUUUUUUUUCCCACUUUCUCUUUUGGCCUGGUGAGAUUUGGAGCCCAGAAGUCCCUCCAUAAGGGACAAAUUUUUAAUCUUGCUAUUUUCUCCCCACCCCAACCCCUGACGUGUUUGAAAGGGUUGUCGUUCAUUAGCGUGCAAGGUGGCAUUGGUUGGGAGGUACAAGAACAAUUAAAUAGCACAGAAUGUCUUUAAUUUGCAUUUCUGGCUGUGUAAACAUAAGGAAAGACGGCGACAGCGAGAAAAUCUUUUUCUUCUUUUUUUUUAAACCUCUCUCUCUCUUUCUCCUUUUCGAAAUGAAAAGCGCAAGUUGUUCCUUUGAUAGAUUUUUAAUAUGAUCUUAAAAGAGUUUUGUUUGGCCUCAUUCUUAGGCAAUGAGAUUAAUUUAAAGCACUUAUCCCUCGGGUUUAAGUCAAUCCAUGUCGGUCUUUGGAAAGAGGGGGCCUUUGUUUCGGGGAGCGCGCGGGGGGAGUGCGUUUUGUUUGCCAUCCAGCCGAAAGAGACUCCUUUCUCACUUCAUUAAACCUGAGCUGCGGACAAUCCUCCUUCCCAACACCCUUCUUACACACUCACACAUGCGGGGGAUUUACCACGCUCUCUCCUUUCCUCCUUCCAGUUGGGGGGCGGGCACGUCGUUAGGCAGAAACUGUGCUUUUCCCAGUGACGUCCAGCAGAACGAACUACCGCUGGCCUGUUG